GAUCUUAUGUUCGAAGAAACAAACAAUCAAAACAGAUCUUAUGUUCAAAGAAACAAACAAUCAAAACAGAUCUUAAGAGCAUAAUACUCAAAACACGAAUGGAUUCAUUUUUGGAUAUAUAAAGCAAACAUUAUCAAUAUGAAGUUUUCUCAUCAUUCAAUAAUGUCUAUCUUUUCUUUCAAGCUCACUUUUCUCUGUAUCGCUGCUGUUUACCUCAUUGCCUCGGUUCCUGCUGUCCCACUCCUUAAUGAUAACUGUAAAGGCGAUAAUGCCUGUGCUAAUGCUGGCAUCUUGACUAACCCUCUUGGUGGUGGAAUUUUGAGUGGAGGAUCUUCUGUUGGUGGUACAUCUAAAUCCAAGCCUUAAUGAACAACACGACUCCCAAAAAAAGUGACCUUUUUUUUAUAUUGUGUUGUUUAUCAAUUAAAUAAAUAUUGCUUUUUGUUAUAAAA